AAUACCAGUGUAUUCAAUGCAGCUACUCCUCCAAGAGAGCAGAGAGGGGUCGGCAUUCUGAGAGAAAGGAAUUCUCCUUUUCCUUCUCUCUCUGAGAACGGGUUUGAGAUCUUGGAGGUGGUCUUUUAGAAGAAGGGAAAAAUGAAAAGUAAGGAUAUGAAGCCAGGGAGCAAUCCUGAUAAAUCAUCAAGGAUGGUACCCAUGAGUUUAAUGUUUGUUGUGCUUUGUGGAUUUUCUUUCUAUCUCGGGGGCAUUUACUGCUCAGAGAAGAACAAAUUCUUUAAGAAGGAAGUGGAACCGAAAGUUGAGUCUCGGAAAGAAAUUGCAGUUCCCUCGUCGCAAAUGAAGCCUAUUGCAUUUCCCGAGUGUGGCAGUGACUACCAAGACUACACUCCAUGCACAGAUCCAAAGAGAUGGAGAAAGUACGGAAACUAUAGACUUUCUUUCAUGGAACGGCAUUGUCCACCUAUGUUUGAAAGGAAGGAAUGUCUAGUACCUCCACCAGAGGGUUACAAGAGUCCAAUCAAAUGGCCAAAGAGCAGAGAUGAAUGUUGGUACAGAAAUGUGCCAUAUAAUUGGAUAAACAAUCAGAAAUCUAAUCAGAACUGGUUGAGGAAAGAAGGAGAAAAAUUUAUAUUUCCUGGUGGAGGUACAAUGUUUCCCAGGGGAGUGGGUGCUUAUGUUGAUUUGAUGGAGGAUCUCAUUCCUGGAAUCAAGGAAGGAACUGUCCGAACUGCCAUAGACACUGGAUGUGGGGUAGCAAGUUGGGGAGGCGAGUUACUAGACCGGGGAGUCUUAACUGUUUCCCUUGCACCAAGAGAUAAUCAUGAGGCUCAAGUACAGUUUGCCCUUGAACGUGGUAUUCCAGCAAUCUUAGGCAUCAUUUCCACUCAACGUCUUCCUUUCCCAGCCAAUUCAUUUGAUCUGGCUCACUGCUCCAGAUGCCUCAUCCCAUGGACAGAAUUUGGUGGUAUUUAUCUAACAGAAAUUCACCGCAUUCUUAGGCCUGGUGGCUUUUGGGUGCUUUCUGGGCCACCCGUCAACUAUGAGAACCGGUGGCGCGGGUGGAACACAACAGUGGAAGAACAAAAAGCUGAUUUUGACAAGUUAAAGAAGUUGCUAAGCGGCAUGUGCUUUAAACUGUAUAAUAAAAAAGAUGACUUUGCUGUGUGGCAAAAGUCUUCAGAUAACAGCUGCUAUGAUCAACUAAGUCUGGAUUCAUAUCCACCGAAAUGUGAUGACAGUGUGGAUCCCGACUCUGCUUGGUAUGUGCCGUUCCGUUCCUGCCUGACCAUCCCAAGCCAAAACUUGAAGAAGUUGGCAUUGAAAUCUACCCCCAAAUGGCCUGAUCGGCUGCAUAUAGCUCCAGAACGCGUGUCCCUUGUUCCUGGAGGGAAUUCUGGGUUAUUCAAACAUGACGAUAGCAAAUGGAAGGUCAGGAUUAAGCACUACAAGAACUUGCUUCCUGCUCUUGGAAGCAAUCAAAUUCGAAAUGUUAUGGACAUGAACACCCUGUUCGGAGGAUUUGCUGCAGCUCUUAUCGAUUCUCCAGUCUGGGUCAUGAAUGUUGUUUCUUCAUACGGCCCAAAUUCCUUGGGUGUGGUGUAUGACAGAGGACUAAUUGGUAGCUAUCAUGAUUGGUGUGAGGCAUUCUCAACAUAUCCCCGAACUUAUGAUCUACUGCACCUUGAUGGUUUGUUUACUGCUGAAAGUCACAGGUGUGAAAUAAAGUAUAUGCUUCUUGAGAUGGAUCGGAUCCUACGACCAAAUGGACAUGUGAUAAUCCGGGAAUCCGUCUACUUUGUAGAUGCUGUAGAUAUUAUUGCCAAAGGCUUGAGAUGGAAUUGUCAGAAGCAAGACACUGAAUAUAGUAACACUGAGAAGGAAAAACUGCUCAUUUGCCAGAAAAAACUCUGGUAUUCCAAGAGUAGGCAGCACUGAAGAAUAUCAUACAGAACAAGUAAUGAGAAAAGACUCUAAUUUACUACCGCAUGAAUACUGGCAUCUGAAGUUCAGUGGUUGGUGGUGGUUGGAGAAUGUUCAUUAAAGAGCAGACUUGUGAUUGUUUCAAAAUAUGGGUCUACUGCAAAAGCAGGUAACUCAAUUUGAGUUCAGAGCAAUAUGAAUAGUUUGUUUUAACUGGAAUAAUUCAAUUCGUUAGUUUAUGAAUUUUCAUUACUAUUCUUUCUUCA